GUCACACUUUCGCCGACAGCAUUUGUUUUGAAAUAUUUUAUUUUGUUUGUCUGGCAAAAAUGUUUAAAAAACUUAAGCCAGGUGAAAGUGAAGAAGAUGUCCUACGGAUGGCAGCUGAGUUUAAUGCGGAGAAAAAGAAAAAUCCUAGUUUCCAGCCUGCUGCGGCUUUUGUGCGUAUGGAUAGAGCUCCAAAAAAGUCCGUGUUUGCCCAGAAACGCGAGCAGGCCAAAUUGGGACGUGUAACCUCUGCAGCAGUUAAAAAACAGGAGCAGAUUAUACCGGCAGCCAAAGAAACCCAAACUAUUCCAACAAGUGUCUUGAAAGAAAGUGUAACGCAUGUCAACCAAGUUCUCCUUGAUGAAAUCCAGGAAAACAUUCUAGGCGAUAUAAAAGGCAGUAAAAUGGACCCUAAAUUCCUAUGCAAUGUAUUGGGUGAACUUGUAGAAAGAACUGGAGGGAGCAAUAGGCCUGCUUUCCAGGAAACCCAACAGGCUAAAACCAGCAAACCCCUUAGCAUUUUUGCUAAAAAACUUUUGGGAGCAAGUUCAACAAAUCAAGAAGUCCCAAAGAACCAAUCUGAUUCAGCAAGAAUUGAAAGAAGUUCUAUAAUAAAAGACGCCAAACUGGGACAGGAACUGCAUCAGGAAAAUCUAAAUGUUCUUAACCAAAUGAGCGAACAGGACAUUUUGGCGGAGAAAGAAAAGUUGCUGGCUUCUUUAGAUCCUUCAUUGAUUGCUUUGCUGUCCAAAAAACGCCAAGCCAGCCAAAACUCUAUACAAAAAAAGGGAUCUCCUAAAUUAAUUGAGCCUCCACCACAGCCACCGAUGCCCGCGCUGGCAUCUAAAGUUGAAGAUCCCCAUAUUUCAUUUCUACCCGACUCAAAUCCAGCCAUUGAACUUUUGCAACAGAGCGACAAAGGAAAUUGGGUUAAUUUUAAUCUCGUGGAAGAACACAAAUUGGCGUGGAUGCGUGAUAUUCCUGCUAAGAUAAGCGAAUUGAAGCCCGGAGAGCAGUUCAAUGCUCGCUUUGACUGGAAAGGAGUACUCUUACCUCACUCGCUCAAGGAGCAGGAAUCUUCAAGCCAUUUAGACGAACGAGAGCUCUAUUUACAUGGCGAGGAAGCAGAUCGACCAGGUUAUGCACUUCAGGAGCUGUUUCGAUUGGCAAGAUCCACUGUUUUACAGCAAAGAAUAUCUGCCUUUGGGGCCAUAGCUGGGAUCUUCAGCAUUUAUAACCAGGGUUUCUAUGACCAAGUAUUGUCACUACCAAUAUCAAAAAUAUUCUUUCUACUACGUUUCGGACUCGAUGACAAUGCCACCGCUCAACUGGAGGUAGUAAGCCGAGCUUUGGCCAACCUAUUUUAUAACGAAGCGGAUGAAGUGCUUCUUGAUCACAUUCACGAUAAUGCCUACUGCCAUUGGCAGCCCACGCUGCAAGUUUUGGGAAACGGCAGCGAUGAUAAAGAGGGAAAUACUGAUACCAAUUCUAUAGCUUUUUUGCAAAGUUACAUGAAGCUAUUGACCUCCAGUAAAUCAGUUCGAGCAGAGGUGGAUGAAGAUUUUUCGGAGAGUCGAAUGUCUAUGGAUGACUUUCAACUAGCUGAAACCGAUCUUAUAGAUUGCCUGAUUAGAACAAAUAUAUUGCAAAGGAUCCGUUAUAUCUUUGAGUCUGUGAAACCGGAUAAUAGCACAGUGGAGUCCUGUAUGAAAUUACUUAUAAGGAUCGCUCGAACAAGUGUCAAAGUGGCUCGGCAAUUAGCAAAUGAAAGUCAACUUUUUGAUGUGCUUUUCAGCCAUUUUCUACCUUCCUCUUCCAAUGGGAACAAUCAGUUUUAUGGCCAGCCGCAAAUUCUUUUUCUAAAACUAGUUCGGGUGAUGAUUUGCCAACAUCUGGAAAUAGCCAAGAAUCUUUCUAAAGAAGUUCUUAUUGUGCGGCUGAAACAGUACUUGUUCCUUGAAGAUAAUAAGGUUCACAUGGUGCGCGUUCAGAUCGAGUCUUUACGCAUCCUGCGCUGCCUCCUGCUUUUGGGGAUCGUGGAUCGGGAUGUAUUCAGGCAGUUCCUGCCCGCACUUCGACAGCUGCUGGACUGGCAUGGAAAUCACUGUGCUUUCGAUGGAGUAGGCGGAUCGGGGCUGGUGCGCCAACACGCAGCCGCCCUGUUGGUGGCACUAGUGGCCAGUGGCGAGAGCGGAGCAUGCGACAUUGAUGCACAGAAGUUGCUCGUAGAGCCGCUUAACAACUGCUGCUGCGGCUGGGUGCAUUCAGCAUCCCGCAUGGAGAAAAUCAAAGAUUUUAGCCAGAUCACCCUUCUGAGUGCUGUCCUAUAUGCCGUAGGUUGGUUUUCUCGUAAUAGCUACUUAGGAACCAGCAGUUUCCAGCCCUUCCUGCGCAGUAUCCUGCCGAAAUUUGUACAAUCCAGCGCGUUUAUAGCCGCCGUUCACGACAUAACGAAGGGAUCCAUAAUGAUGAGACGCCCUCUUGAUCGGCGCCACGUGCACGCGCCGUUGCCUAAUGUGGGCUCAGUGCUGAUGCACGACUACGGGCCGCAGCUGAUUGUCAGUGAGACGUAUCCGGUGCACCUGUUAAGUAACCUCUGGGCCCUCCUCUCCAUUUCGUUGGAAAGCAGCGAGAAGGCAUUGUUCGCCGCACUUAUGCAACCGCCGGUGCUGGAACCUUUGUCAGAGUAUCUGCGCCAGUUAAGCUCUAAACUGAAUCGUGUCCUGGCCACAAACUUUUUUGCCCGCAGUGAGCUAAGAUUUAUACACCAAUUGCUGACCACGGACGGAAUGGAGACCUACUUGGAGCGCCAGCAGUUACUGCAGUUGGUCUAUAACUACCUUUGUUGUCUGUCCACUGCCCAUGCCACACAGAUUAAAAGUAUCUUCGAGCGCUUCAUCUUUAAUGAAGAGUUUGUUAAAUUGGACGAGGCAAGCCUUAAACUGCUGCAACAGUCCUGCAUGGAAAUGGUCUACCCACACAUAAUAGCUGACAAUUCGGAGCCGUCACUAUCCUUGAGCUAUACCCAAGCACCCAUCCUUCCCGCCGACUGGCCUUUUUUCCAACUGCGGCUUAUCCUUAGCAAUUACUUGCAAAAUGUGCAGCAGCAACCGGCGGCAAUAUACUCUGAAAACCAGGUGGUUCGUAUGACGCUGACUUUCGUGCGGCAAUUGGAACGAGAGGGCCUGCAGAUUGUUAGCCCGCUGGAGAAGCUUAUGUAUUUGAUGAUUGCGUUCAUGGGUCCCGACUCACAGUUUCUGGCACCGGAUUUGCAUGAGCUGCUGCAUGAUUGCCUGACGGAUUUCUAUAAGCAAAAUGCCAACCAUGACUUUGACUUUGAUGCAGAGCUGGUGGAUAAGGCUAGAUUCGAGCCACUCUACUAUCUCUUUGUCGAACACUUUGAAGCGGCUAGCUAUGGGGAUGAGCUGUUCAGUUCACUAGUACUUGUGCCAUUGGCCCAAAAGUAUGAUAACAAGUGGCGAAGGCGUCUGUGGUCGGAGCAUGUGCAGGCUGUUCGAUUUAUAAACUGCGAUGAGAAUUUGCUGAUGGGCGGCUUGUCUGCCUAUUUUGAACCCGUGGAAACGGAGUCUUCACUGGUGAAACUGUAUGGCGAUGCAUUGGAGCAAAAGAUGGUUCGUCCUGGGAGCAUUGCUUAUCGGAUAGCUCAGCACCACUUCAACCACUCGACGUCGGUGCAUAAAGCCAAAUUGUUUUGAUUAUCUGACCAGUAAUUGUUGAUAGUUCUAGUAGCUCUUCAGAGUGGUGAAACUGCGAUAAAGCCAUUUAAUUUUGGAAUCCAAAGUCUUUCUAAUGUGACAAUACUCUAUUUUUAGCACAAGCUGAUUUGGGUAAACUUGCUGACUGUUUAAAGUGAUACCUUGGAAUAAGAGAAUGAGAGGAGUUGAUUGAUAUUGACAUUGUAAAAAGAAUAUUGAAGAAGCUCGUUAAGUGAAGUUUAA